UAAAACCUGUUGAUUGUAAUCGCGCGCGGCUUUGUCAAAAUUUCGACUCAAGCGCGAAGCCUAGAGUGAUUUCCGAGCCUGACAUUAACCAUGUUUCAUUCGAAGAAUCCCCUACAGAAUGCCAUGUUUCACCGACCAUGCAUGAGAAGUACCGAAGAUCCACCCUCAAUUUUGUUCGAAUGGUCAGUGUUGCCAGAUAACGAGUUGUUGUAAUUCGCCAUUCAUCUCCGCUCGUAAAGAUUUCAACACUUCAUUGUAAAAUAGGAGCGCGCAAGAAACAUUGCUUCACCAACAGAGGCGGGGAGCAGUAAAAAAAAGUCUUGCCCGAUCUGUUUCUUGGACCAGACCCAGAAAGGAAGAGGUUUAACAAAAAUGACCCCGUUCUCUUCUGGAUACCUUGUGAAUCACCUAUUUACUUCGAUGAUAUAACCUCUUCAUUCUUUUUUGAAGUAGGAAAACUCCAAUUACAUAUGUAAUACGUUUUUUAAGUUGGAGCACCCGCUGGUUUAAUGAAGGAACAGGUACAAAGAUCUAUUCUGUGUGGGGGAGAGGAGUUGCUAAUCGGUCAGUAAUUAGCCCCAAUGGGAUCCCUUGCUAUAACGUCUCGCGUAGUAAACCCACCCAGUAGAUCUGACAAUGAACUGCCUGUCACCAGUGAAAAUAUUCACACGGAAAAUAACAAUUCGACACAUGACAAGAACAAGAAGACGUUUCUCCGGAUCAUGGAAAAAGUGAAUAUGGUUUUCUUGAUUGUUUUGGUGUGUUACUUGUCAUGGACGAUACCCGCUACUUUUGGCUUGUUUGAUCCGCCCAGCUCUUCAUCAUCGACAUUACUUCAGAGUAACAGAUCGUUAUUAAAUGGGACGGAAAGAUUGAUUGUAGAUACAAAUGUUGCAAAUAAAGUGAUACAAGGUUUUGUUGACUUUAACAAUGAAUCAAAAUCUACGACAUUCCCAGCAAAACAUUCCAAGAAAUGGAAGGCAGCAAAGAGAAGACGACAGAAAAAGAAGCUGAACAAAAAGCGAAAGAAAAAUAAAAAUAGAAAGAAUAAAUCCAUGAAAAGAAAGAAAAGUAAAAUUUUUCAUAGAUUGAAACCUAUCACAAUCCGUCAGAUUAUUGAGAUGGUUGCACAAGAAGCACUGACUAAAACAUCCGGGUCCUACGAUUAUAAUCAAUUGGAGGCGGAAAUUUUGAGUAACAAUUUCCUGCCAAAAACACCAGUUUCCAGUGACGAAUCAUCAGUGAAACUUCAAAUUGAUGUUGAUUCUUCGGCAGCAAGUUCCAAAGAAUGGUCGUCUUGGAGUUUGUGUUCUGUUACAUGUGGGAUGGGACAACAAGAAAGAUCACGUGACUGUGGAUCAGCGUGUCGUGAAAUGGAAACACAGGCCUGCUACCGCAGACGCUGUUAUGAUGAUUCUGUAAGAAAAAAGAACAAAUUUGCCUGGGAGUACGAAAAUAUCAUCCCAGAUUCUACGUUAAGACCAAAGGAUUUCAUCAACCCUGAGAAAGAUGUAUGUAAGAGAUGGAUGACUUGUAAUAAAGACACAAUAUCAUCUUAUCUGAAGCGUGCAGCUCUCCCCAGCUGUCCUUGCUUGUAUCCAUUGCACCUGGGAUAUAACCCCAAAGUCUGGGACCCCCACACCAAAAAACACUACAGCUGGACUGACGUAGAUACAAAGGCAGAGGGCUUAUAUGCGUACAAACCUAGCGCUAAGUUCUGCAUAAGGUCAAAACUUUUCAAAGGUGUGAAGACAUUGUCAUCCCAGAUGUGUUGCUAUGACAACGAUUUCAAACUUAUCACAAGAGGCAAAGGGGCUGGAACCCCAAAUUUGAUUAGUCCAGAAAUGUCCCCUGAACUCCACCACAAACUGGAUAUUAAUCCAUGGAUUAUUUGUAAAGGUGACUGGUCCAGGUAUAACCAAAUUCUACCUCCAGAUAAUGGCCGAAAAUGCUCUUCGAAUCCAGAUGAUAAUGUCAUUUUGCAACAGAGGGUAGACAGUGAAAAUUACUAACAGGACGUGGAUGCAAUAUGACGUCAUAAACAAGGUGCCUGUUAUUAAAGGACAUUGUUUCGGCAGGACGGAGUAAAAUUUUCCACUUCCGGUGUUACGAGUCCCAUUUUUCGUAUUGAUGUGUGCUUGAUUUGUUGUGACAUGCACAAAUUUUUUGUGUUGUUGUUGACACAACUGUUCGCUCAUACGGGUAUCUGGAUAUUUUAUUUUGUAUAUAAAAUGGUUUUAUUUUCAUAAUGUAUAAAACUAAUAAAAUCAACAACAUUUGU